AUGCGCUUCGCGCCUGUCUUCUUGUCCUUUGGUCUAGCUGCCGCGUUGGAAAAUGGGUUGGCACGAACGCCGCAGCUAGGAUGGAAUACAUGGAACUCAUUUGCAUGCAGCAUGAAUGAGACAGUCAUCUUGGAAUCUGCCAAGCAGAUUGUAGAGCUAGGCUUCAAGGAUCUAGGAUACAAUUAUGUUGUCCUGGACGACUGCUGGUCUGCAGGUCGUAACUCGUCUGGAUAUCUUGUUCCAGAUAGUCAGAAGUUUCCCAAUGGAAUUGCCGAUGUAGCCGACAAGAUUCAUGCUAUGGGGCUAAAGAUUGGAAUCUACUCGAGCGCGGGCACAUUGACCUGUGCGCGGUAUGCGGGCUCCUUGGGAUACGAGGAGAAAGACGCUGCAGUAUGGGCAAGCUGGGGGAUUGACUACCUGAAGUAUGACAACUGUUAUAACCAAGGCGAAGAGGGUACUCCGAAGUUGUCCUACGAUCGAUACAAUGCAAUGGGCAAGGCUCUCAAUGCCACCGGGCGCCCUAUUUUAUACUCCCUUUGCAAUUGGGGUGCUGACGGGCCUUGGAACUUCGCCCCGACCAUUGCCAAUUCUUGGCGGACCAGCGGUGAUCUUUUCAAUGUUUGGGAUCGCGAAGAUGUGAACUGUCCUUGUGCUGAGAUGGAUGGCCUUGACUGCAAGCUUCCAGGUUAUCAUUGCUCGGUCAUGAACGUUGUCAAUAAAGCCGUCUAUUACCCGUCCAAGGCGUACGCUGGAGCAUGGAAUGACCUCGAUAUGCUUCAAGUUGGAAAUGGUGGGCUUUCAGACGAAGAGGCGGUUUCCCAUUUCAGUCUCUGGGCAGCUUUGAAGUCACCGCUACUAAUGACGAACGUUAUGACCAAGAUUGAUGCCUCUACUCUGUCCAUUCUCCAGAAUACUGCCGUCCUAGCCGUAUCUCAGGACCCAGAAGCGUCAACAGCUGUACGCAUGUGGCGAUACUUUGUCGACGAUGGAGAAAUUCAAAUGUAUAGCGGCCCUCUGAGCGGUGGCGACCAGCUUGUCCUACUCCUGAAUGGAGGAUCCAAAGCCCGUGAUAUGAAUGCCACGCUGACUGAAAUUUUCUGGGCUAAUGGACCCGGUGGGACUGCCUCACAGGUGCAGAGCAGCUGGGAGGUGUACGACCUGUGGGCUAAUAGAAUGAGUAACGCGACGGCAAACGCGAUCAUCCAAGGCGGAGAAAACGCAACGAGACCGAUCAACAUGGCGGCGCAGGGGGGAGCAAGUAAAGUCUACUCCCAAGUCCCACUUCCAAGCUCCAAAGCUCUCAUGGGGUCCAAGGUGGACACUGUGAAGGCCGGUGGUAGAGUGGCUGCCCAUGUAAAGCCUCACGGGGUUGCGAUGCUACGCCUGAGGGAACGCAAGUCAAUGGAUGAGCUGUGA